AUGUUGUUUAUAUUGCAAGACCAGGACAAGCCAACGACCACUGAACAAAUCGAUAGGAUUGUAUCCGCAGAAAUGCCUGAUCCUGCUUCAAACCCACUUGCCUAUAAAACUGUGGCUAAUAGCAUGAUUCACGGUCCAUGCGGUCUGUUAGAUCCGAAUGCUCCCUGUAUGGUGAACGGUAAAUGUUCAAAAAAUUACCCGUACCCAUUCAUGGACGAAACGACUAUCAAUCCAGAAGAAUCAAGCAAAAUUAUAUACAGAAGACGAUUGAUGACUGACCGUACAAUUUCCAGGCAUAGUGGAAGAAUCACUAUUGAUAAUCGUUGGGUUGUGCCUCAUAAUCUUUAUUCAGUUGCUAAAUACAACGCACAUAUCAACGUGGAGAUUUGCAGCCAUGUCAACUCGGUCAAAUAUAUUUACAAAUAUGUAUACAAGGGCCAUGACAGAGCAAAGGUAUAUAUGGGUUCAUCCGCUCAAGAUGAUCACCCGGAUGAGAUAAAGUUUCUUGAUGCAAGAUAUGUCUCGGCAUCUGAAGCCUGUUGGAGAAUUAUGUCUUUCCCUAUGCAUAAGGAACACCCCUCUACACAGCGCCUGGAUAUCCAUUUGGAGAACGAUAGAAGGGUGUACUUUAACGAGAACGAAAGUUCUGACCAGGUCUUGAGUCGUACACUUCCAGAAACAACCCUGACAGCUUGGUUCAAGUACAAUAUCGAAAAUCCUGAAGACAACGAAGCUAAGCAAACUUUGUAUCCAGACUUCUGUGAAAAGUACGUUUUUCAUAAACAACAGAACCCAAGAGUUUGGAGAUCUAGACGUUCAGGUUUUGGUGGAGCCACUGGCAGAGUCUACGCUGUAUCUCCAAAAGAUAUUGAAAAGUAUCAUUUAAGAAUCCUAUUGUAUCGAAUUCCAGGAGCAACAUCCUUUACCUACAUGCGAACGUACAAUGGCCGCGUCUAUCCGUCUUAUCGGGCUACUGCCAGAGCAAUGGGUCUUCUGCAAGAUGACAAUGAAUGGAAUGAUACCAUGUCAGAAGCAAGCACCACUAUGUCACCUCAAAAAAUACGGCAACUCUUCUGUAUUCUGCUCUCCUUCUGCGAUGUCUCUGAUCCUUUUCAGCUAUGGUUGAAUCACAGACUGCAUCUAGCCGACGACUAUCUGUAUCGUAGGCAACAAAAGGCAAGAGCUCUGAAUCAACCUGUUCCCACUGAAAUAACAGAUGAGAUGUAUGGCCACUGCCUUCUUGAUUUGAAUCAAAUUUUGGUUGCCAACCAAUUUGAUUUGAAAACUAUGGAUGGUUUCAAGGACGUUUUCCCUACUGUUGAUACUAGGGAUAAUUAUGCUUACCCUGAGGACUCUACCCCGCUGGAAAGGAUGCAUGCCACUCUGCUAAUUGAAGCCUUGGAAGCUCCUGACCCAAACUCUUUGCCAUUCAAUCCAAGCCAAUUGAUAGCUUACAAUGCCAUUCAACGUUGCGUGUUAGCUGACGAAAACUAUGAUGCUGCACAGUCCAAACUGUUUUUUAUUGACGAGCCUGGCGGUACUGGGAAAACUUUCAUCAUCAAUGCUUUGUUAGAUGCCGUUCGCAAACCAAAUCAUAUUGCAAUUGCAGUUGCUUCAACAGGAACGGUGACAUUGCCUGGGGAAAUUCCUUCAGAUUUUGUGCGUAUCCCAGAUGAGAUGUAUUUCAAUUCUACCAACUUGCUGGAUUUGCUAGCUGCUGCGUUUCCAAAUAUCAGCAAUAGCUCAACGAUUGACCAAUAUUUUGCGAAACGUGUUAUAUUGACCCCAAAGAACCAAGAUGUCUCAGUCAUAAACAAUCUGCUACUUGACAACUUGCCGGGAAGAAAGUUCACUUAUUACAGCUAUGAUCAAGUCUGUGAUCCUCAAUUUCAAAUGCAGGUGCCUCUCGAGCUUCUCAACUCCAUAGAAUUUGGCUCUCUGCCUCCACAUGAAUUGGUUUUGAGAGUUGGGUCUCCAAUAAUGAUCUUGAGAAACUUAGAUUCUUCAGCUGGAUUAUGCAAUGGAACCAGGCUAAUCGUGAAAUUUUUGGGUGUUAGAAUAAUUGAAGCCACCAUUGCCACAGGGCAAAAAGCAGGUGACGUUGUGUAUAUCCCAAGUAUCAAGUUUAUUACAGAAGCCAACGGUAGAAUUCCCUUCGACUUCAGUCGCACUCAGUUUUCUGUGAGAUUGGCCUUUGCCAUGACUAUAAACAAAUCGCAGGGCCAAACAUUAUCUAACGUUGGAUUAUAUCUUCCCUCUCACGUCUUCUCGCAUGGUCAGUUGUACGUCGCAAUGUCAAGGGUCAGUAAGCCUUCAUCGAUAAGAAUCAUGGUUGAUUCUGAUAUUUCUGUACUGGAAAACCUACCUGGCCACUAUACACACAAUAUAGUAUACUCUGAGGUCUUUCAAUAA